AUGACGGGCCUUUCCGAAGACGUGGUAGGCAGCGUGCUGCGGGAAAUAACGCAUGACAGACUGGAACCGACAACUGCUGAAUACCUCGUUGGAAUGCUGCAAGAGGAGUCCCCGACAAAUGCUGAUAAGGCGAACGAGUUGAUCGGCGCCUUCUUGUUGGAUGUUGGGGUUGCAAAAGACGAAUCUGAAUCCAUUGCGAUAUGUGAACGCCUCGUGCAGAAGCUCGACGCGUUACGAAAAGCCGCAGCGCCCCCUGAGGAAGCACAGGUUGAACCGAAGACUGAACUGAAGGCUCCUGUCAGACUACAGGAUUUGAUGCAAAAGAGAACCGAAGGCGACUUCAAUGACCCGUUUUUAGGAAUUCAGCAAGAUGUUGGCAUGGUGAACUACAACGCCCCAGUCUUCGACGGAGAUUCCGCGGCUGCUGAGGCUGCGAAACAGCAGCAAUUGAUGCAGCAGCGUAAACAACAACAGCGCGAAAAACAGCUACGGCUGCUGCAGGAGUGGGAGAAGAACAAGCCACCGCUGCCCCCCCCAAAGAAGCGUCAUGGUGAUGUGCAGCUCAAGCGCAGCGCGGAGGGGAUUCUGGUCGACUCGUUUUCUAUUUCUGUCGCCGGGAGGCAGCUGCUGGUAGAUACAUCUCUGAAGCUUAUGAAGGGCAGACGCUAUGGCCUCAUUGGCCGGAACGGAAUUGGCAAGAGUACCUUUUUGCAUGCACUUGCGCGGCAUGAUAUCCUUGGGGUUGACCCCGAUACCACCAUAACAUGCGUUGAACAGGAAUACCACUUUGGGGAUGAGACGGUCCUAGAGGCGGUGCUAGCAGUGGACGAGGAGCGCAACAAGCUGCUAGAAGAAGAAGAACUGCUGAUGCAGCAGGGACAGCCUAGUUCAGCAGCCGGCUUCCGCCUAGCGGCCAUCUUCGACCGACUCCAGGAAAUUGGUGCAGCUGAGGCCGAGUGCACAGCUGCCACGAUCCUUAAGGGCCUGGGCUUCGACACAGAAAUGCAGCGAACGAAGGUCUCUGCGCUUAGUGGUGGCUGGCGGAUGCGCGUUUGCUUGGGCAGAGCCUUGUUUGCGGACGCUGAUGUGCUGUUGCUCGACGAACCUACGAACCAUCUGGACUUAAAGGCCAUCAACUGGCUAACUGCGUACCUCGUCGGCGACUCUAAAGCCUUGGGAGGAGACAAUGCGAUGCGUCUUUCAAGGGACAAAAUUGUCAUCGUCGUCAGCCACUCUAGAGACUUUCUCAAUGACGUCUGCACUGACAUGAUUCACUUCACCAACCAGAAGUUGAAUUACUACAAAGGCGACUUCGACACCUUCGAGAACGUCAGGGCCGCCCAGCAACUGCAACAGCAGCGCCAAGCGCAGUCUGUCGAAAUGAAGCAGAAACACAUGAAGGCAUUCAUCGACAAAUUCAGAUGCAAUGCGAAGAGAGCGUCUCUAGUCCAGUCGCGUAUCAAAGCCCUGGCACGGCUGCCUAUGUUGGAGCAAGUGGCGGAGGAUCCCACACUGCGUUUCAAGCUGAAGGAGCCCGAGCAGUUGUCGCCCCCUCUCUUGCAGCUCGUUGAUGUUACGUUCAAAUACAAGAAGCGCGUCGUGCAGCGGCCCUUGGAGGGGGGCGAUGAUGGAAUGUUUUCUGACGAUGCUAAUGCUGCUUCUGCUCAUGGGGAUGCGGGAGACCUGCUGAUUGUCAAGAAGUGUAAUUUGAAUGUCGACAUGGACUCCCGCAUCGCUAUUUGCGGCUUGAAUGGUAGCGGGAAGAGCACGCUGCUGAAGCUGCUAGCAGGGCAGAACGAAUGUUGUGAGGGUCAAAUAAACCGAAGCGGGAAGCUGCGGAUCGGAUACUUCACACAGCAGCACGUGGACCAGCUGGACUUGACUCUCAAUGCCGUACAGAGCCUGCAAGUCAAGUAUCCGGAGGCCGAUCUCUCUGAUGAACAAGCGCGAACCUAUUUAGGACAAUUCGGCAUAAGCAAUAUGCUGGCACUUGAACCACUGUACAUCCUUUCAGGAGGUCAAAAGAGCAGAGUGGCCAUUGCACUGCUUGCCUACAACAACCCCCACAUCCUUCUGCUCGACGAGCCGACGAACCACCUGGAUCUUGACGCUGUGCAGGCGCUGAUUGUUGCCCUCAAUGACUUUGCCGGUGGGGUCGUUGUUGUGAGCCAUGACAGCCACCUGUUGUCCUGCAUUGCGGACGAGAUUUACACGAUGGACAAGGAUUCCAAGCGGCUGAUCAAGUUCAAUGGGGACUUUAUGGAGUACAGGAAACAACUUUUGCGGAGCCUGUGA